UGAGGGUGAAGAAGAAUACGAGGUAGGAGAAGAAGACGACGAGGCGGCGUGGGGCUCGUGCGGAAUUCACCAGCAGCACUAAAGCUCGAGUUCACCAUGUCGACUUUUCUGAUGAAGGUUUUGGUGUCGCAGUGCUGUGAUAUCGAGCGCACGUUGGACAUGUUGUGCUGGCCGAGUUCUUCGUUGCCUGAAGUAGAGAGAGUUGAAGCCCUUGGCUUAUUUAUGGGCGAACUUGCCCUCAAAUCGCAGUCCGGCACAGAGGUUUUUAACGGGUUUAAAUCCAGGGAACGUUUUGUUUGUAAAGUGCAGUCAAUAAUAUGGGACCAUUGCGUGCCACUUUUGAAAAUGAUUUCAAGUGAAAAUGUUCCAUCUCGGGAGGGAAGUGCUACACAAAGUGCUCAGAGGAAGGAGAUGCUCCAUGCCACUUGUGCUCUUCUGAUGACAUGUCUGAGGGAGUGUCAGACUGACUCCCUGGAGAAAAUAGCAUGUUUGGUUUUACCUGCGUUGUUAGAAAGGGGUGACAGACAUGGUGAUACAGAGCAGCUGGAUACUGAUGUGGCCAUAGAGGUUCUGGCAGUAUUGCUCUCAGGUGUUUCUUCCAAUACAGCCUUAACUAAGAAAGCACUGUCCUGUACCCUUUGUAGUGUUAAGGAGCUUUCGGACAUUUGGGUCUCCAAAAUAAUUCUUCGUAUCUGGUUCACCUGUCUUAACUCAUCAAACAAAGAAAUACAAGCAGACAUUCUGUGCUACCUUUGGGAGGAUUUACUGGAUUGGUAUGAGCAGAAGGGCACAGAAGCGGUGACAGCACGCCUUCUGCUAUGUCUUACCGCUCUUUCUGACUUCCUCUUCUCAUUGGAUCAGAGGGGGCCCAACCCAGAAAUGUCACACACUUUCUUCAGAGUGGUCCAAGCUGGACUUGUACACAAGGAUGGUGUGUCCCGUAAGAGGGCACUCUAUCUGCUAAAUAGAUGUGUCUCACUGGCAGAGGCACGCAAUGCAGAUAUUAAUAUGUGUGAUACAGAAGAUUUUUUUUUCAAAUGGACAGCAGAGCAAAGAUUAGUACUUCAGGAGUUUUGGGAAGCGUAUGCCCUGGUCCUGGAAACUCUUGAGGAAUACCAGCUCCAUGUUAUUCGACCAGUGCUAAGCCGAAUUGACAUGCUUGUCAAAACAAUUUCAACAGAUAUUCAAGGCAGUGGACUGAUUCAUCCAUCGUGGUUACUGUGCAUUUAUCAGCGCAUGUUCCACAGUGAAAACAAGGUUGUGAUAAAGGAGGGCAUCACUCAUCUGUUGGGGCUACAAAUGCUUCAGCAUCCUGCUUUUGCCUUUGCUUUCUCCCAGUUUGUUGUAGGUCCCUUCAUGGAUGUCCUAGCUGAAACCUCGCUGUACCACAGGUCUCCUAAACAAACCGUUGGAGAAUGUCCAGAACUAGUUGUGAAAUUGCAGAAUUUCAUGGUGAUGUUCUUCAGCAGUUUGCCUCAGGACAGACAAGGAUCAGUGCUACUGCAGAUGCUCAAACAUUUGAGCUCUCGACGGUGGUGUUCUGUCCCUCUGUUAUUCCUUUCUCAAACCCUGUCCUGCUUGCCACCCUGCCCACUUCUGAAAGUAGAUGGGCUACAUAUACUCAGAGAGCUGCUUGGCUGCACUAUGGUCACCCACCACAUUCUACUAAGAGGGGCCAUCCAGUGCUUUCUGCUUCAUGCUGUUCUCCAACUGUCUGAUGUGUCAGUGAUGUGUCUGGAUGAAGUAUUUGCUUUUCUAGCACAUUUCCGAGCUGAGGAGUCCCUGUGUCCAGGGACAACAAUUUGGGAAAAGCUUUGUGAUUGGUUGCUAGCUAACGAGGGCAAUUUUUGGUCUGCUGCAACUUCCACCAGUGUUUCCCCACAGAAAGUCUCAGUGCACAGCUACCACUCUUUAAAAGCCUUCCUGACCAUACCAGCUAGCUCAGAUCAAGCAGACAGGAUACCUGUAGUAGGCGAGGCUGAACUACUAGCUCGCACCCUCUUCCUCUCUGCAGACCUGGACUGGAGGAGAAGAGAGAAGCAGGGUCUCGAGGACAGAAGACUGGAACAACUUUUCUUCCCUCUGCUUGAUAUCCUCCACCGGCUCAACACCAGUGUUUAUGUGCCAGUGUGCAAGAGUGAUAAGAGUCUCCAGCUCAUGUUAAGACUUCUACUGCUUCUUGGCAAAACUUUAGAGACUGAAAGGGAGAAUGAAGAUAAGAUGGCAGUUGCCUUGACACAGCUGCUGUUGGGUGUGGUAGAACCAGUUCAGGAGUUCAUUCUAAGAAGGCUGAGUGGAGAACUACAGGAGUUGUCUGAUAUAGGCAGAGCAAAUCUGUAUUUGUCUCUUCUGCGGGAGCUGAUAAAAACUUACAGCAAAGUCCCAGGCUACAGCUUUAACUUGCAGAAAAACUAUGUGUCAAGACUCACUAUCGGCUGUGUGAGACUACUCAAUGAGCCAUCUGAACAGAAUCCAUCUAUUGCUGGACAGGUGCAAAAAGCAAUUAGCAUGGCAACAUUAGCCUUGCUAUGUGAGCUGGCUGACCAGUGUUUGUUUGAAUCCCAGUCUGAGGCUAUGAGAUCCCUGUGCUCCCUCACUGCUUAUUUCUGUCCAUCCUCAUCCUCUUCAUCCACACCUCAGAUCUUUAACCAGACCUUACUGAAGCCUUGUUCUACAGCAGACAUCUCCAGCUGUUCGUAUAGUGACCCGCUUCUGAGAGACUGGAAUAGAGUGGUGGCUUACUUCAUCAGAGACCAGUGGACAUGCCUCAGUUUUCUUCAGAAGUUUGCUGAGACCCCCAGAACUACAGAGGCCUUUCAAGCUGCUAUCGAGGCUCUUUCCUUGCUACCAAGCGAUUUGGUGCUGCCUGUACUAGACUUUAUGUGUGCAGCUUUACCACAGGUCCUACAUAAGGAGGCCUUAUGUGUUGAAGCAGUAUCUGUGUCCUGGACGCUGGUACAUGCCUUGAGUACAAAUGCUCAUGACUUCUGGCCUGUCCUGCAGGCCUUUGUACGCUUGGCCUUCCACCGGAGCUUCCUUGAGCUGCAGGAUGUUCAAAGCCACAAGAUAACUCCCUGCAUCCAACAGGUUACACGUGAGCUGAUUGAGCUCUCCCAGGCUAAGUUGGGAGUUUUUAAUGUGCUGAUUCAGCACUGCUGCAACACCUGGCUUCCGUCUGACCCCGACAAUCAUACAAACACUGGUUUCCAAAGUGCCUUAAACCACUUGGACAUACUGACUGAAGCUUGCAUCUAUGGGCCAAUCUACAGAAGAGAUCAAAGUUGUUGUUCUUGUAGACUCCUUCAGGAGGUUCAAACUUAUGUAGAGCGUCUUGGGGAAGAACUUGCAGCAAAUGUGUUGAUUAACAGCUCAAAUAGGGAUGAUCAGUUCCCACGCUUGUGUGUUUUGGCCUUUCUGAGUCAUCUUGAACCAUCCAAUAGUCUACAUCAGAGGCUGAUGGAAAUGCUAGUGCAGUGCUUACUGAAAAAGGAUAAGGAGAUAUCAAAGUCAAAAGUGCGUUAUUAUUCUAACUCUAUGCAACACAGAGUAAAGAAUAGGGUGUGGCAAACAUUGCUGCUCCUCCUGCCCAAGCUGAGGCCGGAGUUUGUUGUGGAGUACAUGUUUGGCCUAGUGUGUGAGGCAGGCUUUAGCAACAACCAGCCUUCUGUCAAGUACCUGAUUGAGUGGGCCCUGAUUCUGAUCCUCCACCAGAACCCCUCUCAUAUUCAGCGUCUGUGGGUUUGCUUCAAUGUGGAUCAAGAGAAAACAAAGACAAGCAUCUGCACGUUCCUUUCUGUGUUGGUGCACCUGGGAAUCCUGCUCCCUAAACUAGAGGACAAGACAAGGCAAUGGCGGAAAGCUAUAGAGGUGAUUUUGCUGUGGUGUUUCAGUCAUAACUUCACUGUCCGUCUGUAUGCAUUGCUGGCCCUGAAAAGAGUGUGGAGUUUAAAAGGGGCACAAGUCCUGGCUGAAAAUGAAGAGUGCAGUUCGACCUCUCUGCAGGGACUAGCAACAGUUGUUGAGGCCUGCUUACAUCAAGCUGAGGUCAUGCAGAAUACUGGCAAUGCCGUAAAGAACUGGUCCAGAAUACAGGAGCAUUUUUUCUUCAGUGCCUUUCAUCCUCUUAAUGAUUACAGUGUAGAGACAAUUUUCCACACAUUCCCUAUUCUGUCAGAAUUGGCAGAGGAUGAGUGCAUUCCAGUCUGGAAGUUUGAGAAGCUGGUGGACUUUCAACACAGUUCUGCUGUACCUUUGAAGAACACAGGCAGAGAGCUUUGGAAGCUGCAGCCUAGUGACUGGGUUCAGCAAGAUAGAGGUGAGCUGGAACAAGAAGAGCGCUGGGCAGAUGUACAGAAAAAGAUUGCUCCUUGGAGUCUGAAUGUGCAAGAGGUGGAGCAACACCUUGUGGCCCAGCAGAGAGUAGCACGUCUGGGUAAACCUACAUCUGCCCUCCUGGUGGUCGCCUCACUUAUUGACAAGCCCACAAACCUGGGUGGUCUUUGUCGAACUUGUGAAAUCUUUGGAGCCAGUGCUCUGGUGCUGGGUAGCCUACAUCAUGUCGUUGACAAACAGUUCCAAGCCCUGAGUGUCUCUUCUGAGCUGUGGCUUCCUCUGAUGGAGGUGAAGCCCAUGGACCUGGCAGGUUUUCUGCAGCUGAAGCAAAGAGAGGGUUACUGUAUCAUUGGUGUAGAACAAACAGUCAACAGCCAGAGUUUGCAAAGCUAUAGGUUUCCAGAGAAGACCCUACUACUGUUAGGGAAUGAACGAGAGGGUAUUCCUGCUGACCUCCUGCAGUUGUUGGAUGUAUGUGUGGAGAUUCCUCAGCAAGGAGUGACGCGUUCUCUCAACGUGCAUGUGAGCGCUGCCCUACUGGUGUGGGAAUACACCAGACAGCACUUGGGUCCUGAUCAAUCCUCUUAACUACUCUACUUUGAAAUUGCCCAUUUAUGCUGAUCGGUUCAGAGAGGAAGGAAGGGAUCUUGCUAACACAUGGCUCCAACCAACAAUUUAUGCUUUGCAGACAGUUAAUUUAAUGUAUGUUUUUUUCUUAAAUUCAUAGUUUGCCCAUGCCUAAAUGGCCAUUUUACUUCAAAUACCAACACACAGAGAUUUGGAAUACGUUAUUUCUUUUUUCUGUUUCCUUUUUUUUUAACACCUGUUUGUUUUGGAAUCCUUGAGUC